UCCCUAUAUCUCCACAACCACAAUUGCAACGUAAUCAACAAUUACACACCUUCUAAAUGAAUCUAAAUGCCAUUCCAGUAGCAAGACUUGGAAUGAUUCAGAUUCACUAUAGCAUUUAUAAAAUUGUACCCUCCACAAGUUCAGCUGCCAACUGAAAUACUUUAGCCAUCAAGAUGGUUCCCAGAAGAUCUUUUUUACUUCAUUUGUUUACGUCUUAUAUCUCUUCAGUACAGUUUCUUUUGCUACCACUGAGCAAGCAGUAGCUCUUCUCAAAUGGAAAGCAACUUUCUAGAACCAGAGUAAUUCAUUAUUGGCUUUAUGGACUCUAAGUACUGAUUCAUGCAUGGACUGGUAUUGUGUUACAUGAUUUAAUGGUCUGGUAAACAUGUUGAAUAUGACAAAUGCUAGAGUCAUAGGUACACUUUAUAAUUUUUCUUUUUCAUCGCUGCCUUUUCUUGAUUAUCUUGAUCUUAUCAUGAACCAUCUCUCUGGCACCAUCCCACCUGAAAUAGGAAAGCUCACUAAUCUUGUCUAUCUUGACUCAUCGAUGAAUACGAUUUCAGGAAAAAUCCCACCACAAAUCGGUUCGCUAACAAAGCUUGAGAUCCUCCACAUCUUUUUCAACCAAUUAAAUGGUUCCAUUUCCGGGGAAAUAGGUCAUCUAAGGUCUCUUACUGAGCUGGAUUUGAGUUCUAACAUUCUUCAUGGUCCCAUAUAUGUUUUUUUUGGGGAAUUUGAACAACUUGUCUUAUUUGCAUCUUUAUGAUAAUCAGCUUCCAGGUUCCAUUCCUCCAGAAAUAGGAAAACUUGUCAAUCUUGUUGAUGUUGAUCUUGAUACAAAUCAGUUAACAGGUCAUAUUCCUUCGAAAAUAGGUAACUUGAUCAAUGCCAAAUAUUUCUAUGUUUUCUCCAAUAAAUUGUCUGGUCCUAUUCCUGCUGAAAUAGGGAAGAUGGAGUCACUUGAGGAGUUAAGCUUACACACAAACAAUCUUUCUGGUCCAAUUCCUAAAAUAAUAGGAAACUUAACUGAGCUCAAACUCUUGCACCUUUAUUCCAACCAACUUUUUGGUCCCAUUCCUAGUGAAUUGGGGAAUUUAAAAAACCUGAAUGAUUUGGAAUUUUCCAUUAAUCAACUUACUAGUCCAAUUCCUGCUUCCUUUGGCAAUUUGAGAAACUUGCAAAUGUUGUUUCUCCGUCACAACAACCUUUCUGUUUCUAUUCCAAAAGAACUUACAUAUUGGGAUAAUUUGGUUGUGCUGGAAAUGGAUGAAAAUCAGUUUUUGGGCCAUUUGCCUGAGCAUCUUUGCCACGGCGGGAAACUUGAGAACUAUACGGUAAAUAAUAACAAGCUGACAGGGCCAAUACCAAAAAGCUUAAGCACGUGCUCGAGUUUCAAAAGGGUUCACUUUGAUAACAAUAGUUUCACCAGGAAUUUAUCUGUAGCUUUUGGUGUCUAUCCUGAGCUUCAGUUCAUUGAUUUGAGCAACAAUGAUUUCAAUGGUGAACUCGACAGCAACUGGUUGAAAUACAAGAGUUUGACUGAUUUGCGGGUUGCUAGAAAUAACAUUAGUGGUAGCAUACCACUAGAGAAUGGAAACGUUAAAGGGUUUCAAGGACUUGAUCUUUCAUCCAAUCAUUUGGUUAGGAAAAUCCUUAGGGAAUUCUGAAAAUUAGCCUCUCUAGUUAAUCUCUUUUUGCAAAAGAACCACAUCUCUGGAAAUUUACCUGGGGAACUUGGGUCUCUAAGAAAGUUACUGUCCCUUGAUCUAUCAGAUAAUAGAUUGAACGGGUUGAUCCCUACAUUUUUAGGAAAUUACACUAACAUGUUUCUCUUGAACAUGAGCAACAACAAAUUUAGCCAAAAAAUUCCAAUAGAGAUAGGGAGGAUGACUCAACUUAAUGUACUUGAUUUGAGCCAUAAUCUUCUUGUUGGAGAAAUACCUAGUCGUUAGCCAAUUUGAAGGCCUUGAAAAA